AUAAUAAAACAUACAAAAUAUCAAAUCAGAAUUCUUUUAACUAACGUAAGGGAGUACUAAUUAAUAGAAGUAUGAACUAUGAAGCGAGGGAUAGUGCUUUAUAAGGCUUUGAUUGAUAUUUUCUAAUUUUCUAACCGAACACAGAAAAUUUAGUAGCCAUCAUCAGCACUGCAGAAGGAUCAUAUUGACCCAUUUCAUCGAAACCGAACUUACACGGCCGAUUGAAUUGCAGCAAAGGUGAAACAAAUAGUAAUGAAAAAUCCUCCAAUCAUCAAACAAAUUUCAGAAUCCUUCAUCAUGCCAAAUCUCAAUGAAUUAAAUGAUGUAAAAGAUCCAUACUUUCUAGCACCUGGUGAUCUUGCUAUGCUCUCAGCUCAUUACAUUCAAAAGGGUCUUCUGUUCUACAAACCUUCAACAAGGAUUGAAGAAUUCAGCAUUGAAAUUUUCUUAGAAAAGCUCAGAGAUUCACUUUCAAGAACUCUUGUUCUUUUCUAUCCUUUAGUAGGACAACUUACUACAAAGAUAAAUGAUGAUGAGCAUACUUGUUUGAUCUAUGUUGACUGUAAGAAGGGUCCUGGUGUUAGAUUUGUACAUGCUACUGUGGAUUUGGCUGUUGAUGAUAUUUUGUCUCCCACAGAUGUACAACCGAUUACGAAAUUGUUUUUUGAUCAUCAUAAGGCUGUGAAUCAUGAUGGGCAUUCUAGCCCGUUGUUAUCUGUUCAGGUAACAGAGCUUGAAGAUGGGGUUUUUAUUGGCUGUUCGAUGAAUCAUGCAGUAGGAGAUGGAACUUCUUACUGGAAUUUCUGGAAUACAUGGUCAAAGAUACAUCAGCAACAUAGUACAACUUUGAGCCUACCCGUUCUUGAACGUUGGUUCCCUGAAGGACAUGGUCCGCGGAUUAUCCUUCCAUUUACUCGUACCGAUGAAUUCAUUACCCGAUUUGAAGCGCCUCAAUUGAGGGAAAGAAUCUUCCAUUUCUCGUCCGACUCAAUUUCGGAGCUCAAAAAGAAGGCGAAUAGAGAGGCUGGCGAACCACAAAAGGAGAUCUCAUCGUUGCAAGCAUUGUCUGCACUAGUAUGGCGGGCAAUCACCAGAUCACGGUGUCUAGCUCCUGAUGAAAGAACUGUCUGUUCGUUGGAUGCUAAUCUUAGGCAGAGGUUAAACCCUCGAUUGCCACACGGUUAUUUUGGGACUGCGAUUUGGGUGGCGAAAGCUGCUGCAACGACUGAUCAAGUGCUUGGAAACAAUUUAGGAUGGACAGCUUUAUUGCUGCAGAAAGCGGUCUUGGAGCUCACCAAUCAAACAGUGAGAAAUGUAUUUGAAUCAUGGAUGCAGUCGCCGUUUGUCUAUCAAAUUGAGAAAUUCUUCGAGCCAAACAGUAUAGUGAUUGGAAGUUCCCCAAGAUUUGAUAUGUAUGGCAAUGAUUUUGGUAUAGGGAAACCGGUUGCUGUUCGAAGUGGGUAUGCUAACAAGUUUCCAGGAAAAGUGACUACUUAUCCCGGGAGAGAAGGAGGAAGAAGUGUCGAUUUAGAAAUAUGUUUACCGCCUGAUGAAAUUAGUGUUCUUGAAUCAGACAAAGAGUUCAUUGCUAUGACAGUUGAGGGCUUGCAUGUUUAGCAGAGUCUGGACCAAGAAAAUUCAGGUUAGUUCCUUGCAAGAAAAUAAGUUUAUCUGAAACCUCGAUGAUCAUUCCGACAUGAUUUCAUAAUAAAAUGUUAUUUUGUAAAGAUGAGAAUACGAUAAAACGUUAGUAGAGAUAGUAAAAUUGCAGAAUAAUGUAAAGAAGUACAAACUUUCGAGAGGGUUGUUCUGUCUCAAAUCUCAAUUGAGUAAUAGAAACCGAUACAAAAUACUGACGAAUGUGAUACUUGAUCAUUUCUCUA